UGCGCCGGGCAUUGGCAGCCGAGGAGUGGAGGCUGGGCGGCUCCGACUCCCUGACGCCAGCACCACCAGAUCAAUCCAGGCUCCGGGAGAGAGCGGGCUGACGGGCGGGCGGAGGAAGGAGAGGCCGAGCGGCUCAACCCGGGCCGAGACGCGGGGAGGGACCCUGGGAGCGGAGCGCGGCGCAGCGCCCGGCCGGCCGGACCGGGGCCGCGGGACCCCGCUCUCCCGGCCACUCGUGCGUCCGCGCGGAUGGGCGCGCCGCCAACCCGCGAAUGCAAUUUUUAAAUACACGGUGCAAGACAACCAGUAAAGAUGUGUUUCUGAAAAUUGAGACCGAUCUCCGAACCAUCUCCUGAGAAAGCAUCAUUUUCGUGCUGACUUUGGGUUACUUUUUGAAAUACUAGGAAUGGUAAUUUCUACUUUUCUGGACUUCAGACUAAGAAGUUAAAGAGAGUCCUCUGUAACAAAUCUCUUCUGCUGUUCUUCUGCAUUUGGAGACUCCUUUAUUUCACCAUAUCCAAGGAGUAUAUAACAAGUGCUGUCAUUAUGAAUGUGACAAGUUUAUUUUCCUUUACAAGUCCAGCUGUGAAGAGACUUCUUGGGUGGAAACAGGGCGAUGAAGAAGAAAAAUGGGCGGAGAAAGCUGUUGAUGCUUUGGUGAAAAAACUGAAGAAAAAGAAAGGUGCCAUGGAGGAACUGGAAAAGGCCUUGAGCUGCCCAGGGCAACCGAGUAACUGUGUCACCAUUCCCCGCUCUCUGGAUGGCAGGCUGCAAGUCUCCCACCGGAAGGGACUGCCUCAUGUCAUUUACUGCCGUGUGUGGCGCUGGCCCGAUCUUCAGAGCCAUCAUGAACUAAAACCACUGGAAUGCUGUGAGUUUCCUUUUGGUUCCAAGCAGAAGGAGGUCUGCAUCAAUCCCUACCACUAUAAGCGAGUAGAAAGCCCUGUACUUCCUCCUGUGCUGGUUCCAAGACACAGCGAAUAUAAUCCUCAGCACAGCCUCCUAGCUCAGUUCCGUAACUUAGGACAAAAUGAACCUCACAUGCCACUCAACGCCACUUUUCCAGAUUCUUUCCAGCAACCCAACAGCCACCCAUUUCCUCACUCUCCCAAUAGCAGUUACCCAAACUCUCCUGGGAGCAGCAGCAGCACCUAUCCUCACUCUCCCACCAGCUCAGACCCAGGAAGCCCUUUCCAAAUGCCAGCUGAUACGCCCCCACCUGCUUACCUGCCUCCUGAAGACCCCAUGACCCAGGAUGGCUCUCAGCCGAUGGACACAAACAUGAUGGCGCCUCCCCUGCCUUCAGAAAUCAACAGAGGAGACGUUCAGGCAGUUGCUUAUGAGGAACCAAAACACUGGUGCUCUAUUGUCUACUAUGAGCUCAACAAUCGUGUGGGUGAAGCAUUCCAUGCCUCCUCCACAAGUGUGUUGGUGGAUGGUUUCACUGAUCCUUCCAACAAUAAGAACCGUUUCUGCCUUGGGCUGCUCUCCAAUGUUAACCGGAAUUCCACUAUUGAAAACACCAGGCGGCAUAUUGGAAAAGGAGUUCAUCUUUAUUAUGUUGGAGGGGAGGUGUAUGCCGAAUGCCUUAGUGACAGUAGCAUCUUUGUGCAAAGUCGGAACUGCAACUACCAUCAUGGAUUUCAUCCUACUACUGUUUGCAAGAUCCCUAGUGGGUGUAGUUUGAAAAUUUUUAACAACCAAGAAUUUGCUCAGUUACUGGCACAGUCUGUGAACCAUGGAUUUGAGACAGUCUAUGAGCUCACAAAAAUGUGUACUAUACGUAUGAGCUUUGUGAAGGGCUGGGGAGCAGAAUACCACCGCCAGGAUGUUACUAGCACCCCCUGCUGGAUUGAGAUACAUCUGCACGGCCCCCUCCAGUGGCUGGAUAAAGUUCUUACUCAAAUGGGUUCACCUCAUAAUCCUAUUUCAUCUGUGUCUUAAAUGGCCCCAGGCAUCUGCCUCUUGAAAACUAUUGAGCCUUGCAUGUACUUGAAGGAUGGAUGAGUCAGACACGAUUGAGAACUGACAAAGGAGCCUUGAUAAUACUUGACCUCUGUGACCAACUGUUGGAUUCAGAAAUUUAAAAAAAAAAAAAAAAAAUUUGGUAACAUACUGUUGAUAUCAAGAACCUGUUUAGUUUACGUUGUAACAUUCUAUUGUAAAAUCAACUAAAAUGCAGAGUUUUAGCAGGAUUUUGUGUAUAGUUAAAGGGGAGAUGGCCAGGCCAGGGACAAAUUAUCUAUUAGAAAGCAGUCCUAAGAGAUUCUUUUGUGUUUGGCACUUUAAGGUCAUCGUUGGGCAGAAGCUUAGCAUUCAUAGUUGCUCUGAAACAGGUUUGGAGCCCAUGUUGAGUCUUCUUUUCAUGGGUUUUCAUAAUAUUUUAAAACUAUUUGUUUAGCAAUGGUUUUGUUUGUUUAAGUAAAGGUUAAUCUUGAUGAUAUACAUAAUAAUCUUUCUAAAAUUGUAUACUGACCAUACUUGCUGUCAGAAUAAUGCUAGGCAUAUGCUCUUUGCUAAAUAUGUAUGUACAGAGUAUUUGAAAGUUCAGAAUUGAUUAGACUAGUGAAUUUAGGAGUAUUUGAGGUGGGUGGGGGAGAGGGAAAUGACAAUUGCAAAUGUAGACUAUACUGUAAAAAUUCAGUUUGUUGCUUUAGAGAAACAAACUGACGUCUGAAUUUUGCUGUGUUUCCAUUUUUCUUUUUUUAGAGAUUUUUAUCAUUUUUUUCUCUCUUUUGGCAUUCUUGUAUCUCAUCCUCUUCAAAAAGCAGUUCUGCAGCUGGUUAAUUCAUGUAACUGUGAGAGCAAAUGAAUAAUUCCUGCUAUUCUGAAAUUGACUGCCUACAUGUUUCAAUACCAGUUAUAUGGAGUGCUUGAAUUUAAUAAGCAGUUUUUAUGAAGUUUACAAUACAGAAAUAGGCUUUAAUUUUCAAGUGAAUUUUUUGCCAAACUUAGUAACUCUAUUAAAUAUUUGGAGGAUUUAAAGAACAUCCUAGUUUGAAUCCAUUUCAAACUUUUAAAAUUUUUUUGUACUAUGUUUGGUUUUAUUUUUCUUCUGUUAAUCUUUUGUAUUCACUUAUGCUCUCGUACAUUGAGUACUUUUAUUCCAAAACUAAGUGGGUUUUCUCUACUGGAAAUUUUCAAUAAACCUGUCAUUAUUGCUUA